AUGAUGAUGCCGGAUAUUUCAUUCGUAAUGAAAGUGAAUAUUGGCAACCGAGAUAUUUUAGUUCUUGAACUACCUGGAUUUGAAAAAGGAGUUUUAAAGCCAAGAAUAUCAGGAAAUUCGAUUACAUCAAUGAAUAAUCCAAUUAUUCAUCAAUCAGAUAUUCCAACUGGAUCAUUUAAAUUAAAUAUUUCAUUUCAACAAGCAAUUGAAGAAAGAUUUACAGCAGAACGAAAUGAAGGUUUUAUUAAUUUGAUAAUUUUAAAGAAAAGAUCCACCGAGUACACAGAACCAGUAUAA